UCCCCCGUUAGGAAAGGGGAUCUCUAUGAUUUACUUGCUGGCUCACAUCGCCAUCUCGCCCAUGUUUCCAACCGUGAAGAGCAUUCUCGAAAGGGACGUCGUGUGCUUGCCGGGGCGUACUCUCAAGCCAGCUUAGAGAACUGGGAAUACAUUGUCGCCGAUCGCACCGCCGCCCUCCUCAAACAAUAUGAUCGCCUCUGCAAGGCUCCUGAGUAUAUCCCAACAGUCCACGGAGGCUCUCGGUGGGACAUUUCCGGUGAAAAGUUCGGGAAAUUUAUCAACCACCGAUAUUGGAUGAUCCUGUUCGCACAGGAUGCAAUCUUGCAGAUAGGUUUGCCAGCGGAUUUGAAGUUUCUAGAAUCCGGAAGCGACGUCGUGACAACCCAGAGCAUGGAUGGCAAGUCGCAUACCUUUAGCUAUCGCGAUGUACUGUGGCGAUCCCAUCUCAUCCAAAAUGCUCUAGUCUGGUCGCCUGGGCGGUUCAAAUGGCUAUCAAUACUUACUGCAUGGCACUCAUACUGGAAUGAUGGAAAGCUCCAUAACACUCUGUGUGUUGCCCUGGUCCACCGUCGCCUUACGCGCUACAAGGCUGGGGACAGGCUGGAUGAUUUCUUCACAUACAUCUUAGAAGACAAAUAUGGGAAUCCCAACAUGUACCCACUGGGUGAGAUGAUUGCGGAAUGCAGCAUUAUGCUUAACGCGGGGAGUGAUACCACUGGGAUAGCCUUAACAAAUGUUCUUUAUUGGCUAUUGAAAAAUCCGAUCUGUCUUGACAGAUUAAGAGAUGAAGUGGAUGGAACAUUCGACGAAGGAAUGGUCGUUGCAUCAUAUGAUAAAGUGAAGAAUCUGCCAUACCUGCGAGCAUACUUAGAUGAAAGUAUGCGACUGACGCCUCCAAACACUAUGAGUGUCAACCGCCUGACACCAUCUGAGGGCAUCAUGCAUCGUGAUCCUGAGGUUUUUGCUGAUCCGGAGUCAUUCAACCCUGAUCGGUGGCUUGGAGAGAAGGGUAAAGAUCUACAGCCACACUUUAUUACUUUCAGUGUCGGCGCCAGAGGAUGUAUUGGGCGCAAUAUCACUUAUUUGGAGCAAACAGUCGCCCUGGCAAGUAUGGUGCAUCGAUAUGAAAUUGCAUUGCCACAUGAUAACUGGGUUUUGGGGCAACAGGAAGCAUUCACCUGCUCUCCAGGCGACAUGCCGAUACAAAUCAAGAGACGUUACUUUCAAUAA